ACUUCUUGUGUGAUGCCGUUCCAGCACGGGACUCAUGGAGGCUGAACCUUUAUUCAGGAGUCCAUAGAGGCUACUGCAUUUUACUGAAGAUGUCUAACAGUAACACUACCCAAGAGACCCUGGAAAUAAUGAAGGAAUCGGAAAAAAAGCUGGUGGAAGAAUCCGUAAACAAAAACAAAUUCAUAUCGAAGACUCCAAGCAAGGAAGAAAUCGAGAAAGAGAGCGAAGAGACCAGCGUGCGCCAGGAGACGCAGCAGAGGCGGACGUCCAGCCAUAGUCACGCCAGGAAAAGAGCCAAGUCUAAUUCCAAGCUGAAGUUGGUACGCAGCCUGGCAGUGUGUGAAGAGUCCUCUGCCCCCUUUACUGACGGGCCACUAGAAACCCAGGACAUAAUUCAGUUGCAUAUCAGCUGUCCCUCUGACAAGGAGGAAGAAAAGUCCACAAAGGAUGUCUCUGAAAAAGAAGACAAGGACAAAAAUAAAGAAAAGGUUCCCAGGAAGAUGCUGUCUAGAGACUCCAGCCAAGAAUACACAGACUCCACUGGGAUAGACCUACAUGAGUUUCUUGUAAAUACACUGAAAAAGAAUCCAAGGGACAGAAUGAUGCUGCUAAAGUUAGAACAGGAGAUUCUGGAUUUUAUUAAUGACAACAAUAACCAGUUCAAGAAGUUCCCGCAGAUGACCUCGUACCACCGGAUGCUCUUACACCGGGUAGCUGCCUACUUUGGGAUGGACCACAAUGUCGACCAGACCGGGAAAGCCGUCAUCAUCAACAAGACCAGUAAUACGAGAAUCCCUGAACAGAGGUUCUCAGAACAUAUAAAGGAUGAGAAGAAUACAGAAUUCCAGCAGAGGUUUAUCCUCAAGAGGGAUGAUGCCAGCAUGGACCGAGAUGAUAAUCAGAUCAGAGUUCCAUUGCAGGAUGGAAGGAGGAGCAAGUCAAUAGAAGAGAGAGAGGAGGAGUAUCAAAGGGCCCGAGAGAGAAUAUUUGCCCGAGAGACUGGCCAGAACGGAUAUCUAAAUGACAUCAGACUCUCCAGAGAAGCCUUCUCUUCUAGCUCUCACAGGAGAAGGCAGAUUUUUAGGGGAACCCGCGAGGGGCCGAGCCGCGCCUCGAGCAGCCGCCAGAGCAGCACAGACAGCGAACUCAAGGCCCUGGAGCCCCGGCCGUGGAGCAGCACCGACUCGGACGGCUCUGUCCGGAGCACGCGACCCCCUGUCACCAAAGCCAGCAGCUUCAGCGGGAUCUCCAUCCUCACCCGGGGCGACAGCGUGGGCAGCAGUAAAGGCGGCAGUGCGGGCAGGGUCUCCCGGCCAGGUAUGGUGCUAGGCGCCCCAGAAGUGUGCAACCAGGUCACCUCAUCCCAGUCUGUCCGGGGCCUUCUCCCUUGCACUGCCCAGCAGCCACCGCCGCCGCCCCCGCCGCCGCCCCCGCCCCCACAGCAGCAGCAGCAGCCGCCGCAGCUUCCCGCGCUCCCACCUGCGCCUCAGCAGCAGCCGCCGCUGGGCAAUCACCUGAUCUCGCAGCCAGCCCCGGCUCUGCAGCCCUCUCCGCAGCCGGUCCAGUUCUCGCCAAGUUCCUGUGCCCAGGUCCUCCUGCCGGUCUCUCCACCCCAGCAGUACAACAUGGCGGAUGACCUCAGCAGCCCCUUUGGACAAGUGAGCCUGGGCCGCCAGGGCUCCGCAGAAGCAGCAGACCAGCCCUCCGCUCUGCUGCAGGCCCCGCUCCUCGCGCAGCACCCCCAGCAGGCCGGCUUCCUCGUGACCCCUGCGGGACAGCCCCUCCCCACUCCCAGCUACUCGGCCUCUGGCCACCCGCCUGCCCAGCAGGUCCUGCCGCCCCAGGGCUAUCUCCAGUCCCCUCAGCAGAUCCAGGUUUCUUACUACCCCCCUGGACAGUACCCUGACUCCGGCCAGCAGUACCGCCCCCUCUCUCACCCGGUGGCCUACAGCCCCCAGCGUGGCCAGCAGCUGCCUCAGCCCUCGCAGCAGCCUGGUCUACAGCCCGUGAUGCCGAGCCGGCAGCAGGCGGCCUACCCAGGCGUGAUCGGGGUCCAGCAGCCGCAGAGCCAGGGCCUGCUCAGCAGCCAGAGGAGCAGCCUGGGGGGGCAGAUGCAAGGCCUGCUGGUCCAGUACACCCCACUGCCUUCCUACCAAGUCCCGGUGGGCAACGACUCGCAAAACGUGGUGCAACCGCCUUUCCAGCAGCCCCUGCUGGUCCCUGCGAGCCAGUCCGUACAAGGGGCGCUCCCGGCGGGGGGCGUCCCCGUGUACUACAGCGUGAUCCCUCCAGCUCAGCAGAACGGUACGAGCCCUUCCGUGGGAUUUCUGCAGCCGCCUGGCUCUGAACAGUACCAGAUGCCUCCGUCUCCCUCUCCCUGCAGCCCACCACAGAUGCCACAGCAGUUCUCAGGAGUGUCACCUUCUGGACCAGGUGUGGUGGUCAUGCAGCUGAAUGUUCCUAAUGGACCCCAGGCCCCCCAGAACCCACCCAUGGUCCAGUGGAGUCACUGUAAAUAUUACAGCAUGGAUCAACGGGGGCAGAAGGCUGGAGACCUGUACAACCCUGACAGUGCCGCCCAGGCCGGCGCGCAGCUGGGCAGCAGCCCUGGCACAUCCCCCACACAGUCUCCAGCGCCCUCGCCGGCCACCAGCCUCAGCAGCGUCUGCACAGGACUCAGCCCCCUGCCCGUCCUCGCUCCAUUCCCCCGGCCCGGGGGCCCAGCACAGGGUGAUGGGCGCUGCCCCCUUCUGGGCCAGCCCCUGCAGUACAGCCUCUCCAUCUGCCCGCCCCUGCUCCACGGCCAGGCAGCCUUCUCGCCGCACCAGGGACAGAGCGGGCUGAAGCAUGGACACCGGAGCAGGAGGCAAGCGCUCAAGUCCGCGUCCACUGACCUCGGGACGGCGGACAUUGUCCUGGGGCGGGUGCUGGAGGUGACAGAUCUCCCCGAGGGCAUCACCCGCACAGAGGCGGACAAGCUCUUCACCCAGCUCGCCAUGUCUGGUGCCAAGAUCCAGUGGCUCAAGGACGCUCAGGGGCUGCCCGGAGGGGGCGGGGGGGACGGCGGGGGGACUGCCGAGAACGGCCGCCACGCCGACCUCGCCGCCUUGUACACCGUGGUGGCCGUGUUCCCCAGCCCCUUGGCCGCCCAGAACGCCUCCCUUCGCCUCAACAACUCCGUGAGUCGCUUCAAACUUCGAGUGGCCAAAAAGAACUAUGACCUGAGGAUCCUGGAGGCCCCUCAGCUGGAGGUGCCCCUGGCCUGCCACAGCCCUGCGCUCCAGGACGGUUGGAGAAAUGGGAAAGGAGCCGCCGGCACCCCAGACCCCAGAGCCGCGGCAAGUUCCUGGCGCCGACGGGGCAGUGGCCAGCGGCCCUCAGCUGCGGCGGGCCAGCGCUCGGCCUGGCAGAAGGAGGGCGAAGGGUCCACGUGUUCCCUGAUUCGCUGCUUCCUGCCCUGGCCGGCGAUCGCGGUGGAUGGUCGCUGGAAGGCGCGAAAGCACGGCCGGCCCAAGGCGGCGGCGGCCGAGGAGUCGGCCUGUCAUUUCAACUCUGACACCAAGCACGCGGCCAGGCGGUCUACAGCUCCCACCGCAGCUGGUUGA